GGAUACGCUUCGGGAACACACAAUAUUGAGCUUCAAAAACUAAAUAAUUCUUUGUGUAAAUAUCUAACAAAAUGAAGUUCUUGGCUGUUUUCUUGAUUAUUUCCAGUGUUAUGGCAGUCUUGAAUGCCGGUGCGUCGAAUGAGGAAAAAAUGGCAGCAAUGAAAAAAAUUGUAAUGGAUUGUGCAGCUAAAGAAAAUGCAUCGCAGGCUGACUUAGAAGAAUUGUUUGCCAAAAAACCAGCAACCAGCCCAACGGGUAAAUGCCAUCGUGCCUGUAUGCACGAAACAUUCGGAACGAUGAAAGAUAACAAAUUCAAUCCUGAUGGUUUCAUGGCAAUGAUUAAGAUGAGCACUGAUGGAGAUGAAGCCAAAAUGAAAAUUGCCCAGGAAGUUGUGAAAGACUGCGCUGAUAAAAUGGACGCUGAUCGAUGCGAAGCAGGCGCAAAAAUAUGUACAUGCCUUGCAGGAAGCACUAAGGCUCGAGGUCUUGAAAUGUAGAACAACCGUAUUAAAACGUAUCAAUUGCACUUCUUUACCCGAUUGGAUUAAUCCAAAUUCAGAAUAAAUCCUUGUUUUG